UGGGCGGUUGUCAACAACUGGUCGAGCAGGAAGGAAAGUGUCAUUUGCUUGUUCGUUUGUUUAGCGAGCGUGUAGACUAAGAUUUGUUUACAUAUUAUUUGUGCAAGGUUCGAUUUUUUUUUUUAAAUAUAUAAUCCCGCCGCAUUCACAUUUUUAGUCUAUAGCUAUGGUCCUUAAAGUUAUGGAUAUCAGCUAACGUAAGCUAACUGAAUGUCUUUCAGUCAGUUUCAAUUGUCAGAAGUUGGCUAGUUCCAAGCUAGCUACUAGCUAGCUACGUAGCUCACGUUAGAGCAGUGAGGAUAGCUGGCUGCUAUUUAUUGUAAGCCUCUGAAAGCCUGCUGUGUGGCUAGCUAGAGAAACAGCACGUCUGUCGGGCUGCUGUAAACCUGUUUCUGUGUUUUGGACGCGAAGAGCUGUUUGAGAUAUUCUACCAUGGAUCCAUUUGACAGUAACGUUGCAGACCGAGCCAACCUACCGAGGAACAUGAUUGAGAACAGCAUGUUUGAAGAAGAGCCUGAUGUUGUGGAUUUGGCUAAAGACUCCGCUGCAUUUCCGACGUUUCCUGCUCUUGACCCAGAUGAAGUGGUAUAUGAGCCUCGUAGCUCACGGUUGCUUGUGCGAGGCCUGGGAGAGAAUGACAUGGACGAGGAGGAUGAGGACUGCGAGUCUUCGGCCCGUCUGCUGGGCAUGUCCUUCAUGAACCGUAGCUCUGCUCACAGAUCCAGCUCUUCCCCCUACACCAGACAGGCCGCCCCCAGGUCUUGUUCACGACCCUCAGCCCGUACCACCGUUGUAUGUGUGUUAUUCCUGGUGAUAGGGGCCUCCAUGACCAUGCUGCUGUACUUCUUACCUGGAUGCACAUUUACCAAGGCUGGUUGUAAAAAAACCAACAAGACCACUCCCUUCGAGCCAGUUUACCCUCUGUCCACAAAUGGCAAACUCUUUCCAUGGGCUCAGUAUCGGCUGCCUCGCAGUGUGCGUCCUCUUAGCUAUGACCUCACAUUCAACCCAGACCUCGACCACAUGACUUUCACCGGCCGCACUGUCAUCACCAUGUCUGUGCUUCACAACACCAAGAUCAUUGUCCUCCACAGUGCUAAUCUCAACAUCACCAAAGCUACCUUCAAGCUGGGUGAUAAGGAGACCAGAGAUGUGACUGUCCUGGAGUACCAGCCCAAACAGCAGAUAGCUGUUCAGUUGUCUGAGGAGAUGUUGGCAGGCCAGUACUGUGUUUUGACCCUGGAUUACUCUGCCAGCUUCUCACACACCUAUGACGGCUUCUACAACAGCUCAUACAUUGAUAAAGAUGGAAACAAAAGGGUCUUAGCUGCAACCCAGUUUGAGCCACUAUCAGCUAGGAAAGCCUUUCCUUGCUUUGAUGAACCAGCUUUCAAAGCGACUUUCCUGAUUAAAAUCAGCAGGAAACAAAACUACAUGACUCUUUCCAACAUGCCUCAGGCUAAAAGCACACCGCUUUCCGAGGGUCUCGUGCUAGAUGAAUUUGAAAAGACCAGUGUUAACAUGAGCACCUACCUGGUGGCCUUCAUCGUCGCUGACUUCAACCCUAACAGCAAAAAUGUCUCUAAAACUCUGGUAUCUGUGUACUCUGUGCCAGACAAGAAGGCGCACACUGACUAUGCUCUGGACACAGCCUCAAAGCUGCUGGAGUUCUACAAUGACUACUUUGAAAUUAACUAUCCGCUCAAAAAACUAGAUUUGGUAGCCAUUCCAGACUUCCUGGCAGGAGCCAUGGAGAACUGGGGACUCAUCACUUUCAGGGAGACCACCCUGCUGGUGGGCAACCAGUCCUCUCCUCUGGAAAAACAAGUAGUUGCCUCCGUCAUAGCGCAUGAGCUCGCUCAUCAGUGGUUUGGAAACCUGGUAACAAUGAGCUGGUGGAAUGACCUGUGGCUCAACGAAGGCUUUGCCACUUACAUGCAGUACAUGUCGCUGCAGCAUGUCUUUCCCAAGCUAGACAUUGGUAAUUUGUUCCUGGCAGUUCGCUUCAGAGCCUUGGACAAAGAUGCAUUAAACUCCUCCCACGCUGUGUCGACGGAGGUUAAUAAUCCCGAACAGGUGGAAGAGAUGUUUGACUCUGUCUCCUAUGAGAAGGGCGCAUCCAUUCUCAUGAUGUUGGAAGCCUGGCUGCCAGGGGAACAACAGUUCAGAAAGGGUAUCAUUCAAUACCUCAAACAGUUCAGUGGAUUAAACACGGACACUGACGACCUCUGGAACAGCCUUACACAGGUCUCUGUCUCGCAUCACAAUGUGUCAGAGAUGAUGCGCUCAUGGACGUCACAGAAAGGCUUCCCAUUGGUCACUGUAAGCCGUAAGGGAGAUCAGGUGACCCUCACACAGGAGCACUUCUUGCUCACGUCUGACAACGCCACAUAUACUUCCAGCUUGUGGAAUAUUCCAGUGACGUACGUAACUGACAACUGUAGUUUGGCCUCUGAGUGCAGACAGAUGUUUAAUCUGAAGACCAAGUCAGGGACUUUGAAGUUACCAGAAAGUGUAAAGUGGCUGAAGUUGAACUGCAACAACACAGGCUUCUACAUCGUCCACUACGGAAAAGAGGGCUGGGCUGCUCUUCAAGAUGCUUUGUCCAGCAACGUCCAUGUUCUUACACAGGAGGACCGCGCCUCACUCAUACAUAACAUCUUUGCUCUCUCCAGACUGGGACAUGUGUCCUUCUACGAUGUCCUUAACAUGUUGAAGUACAUGUCAAAUGAAACUGAGAGUUCUCCUGUGACUGAGGCCUUGUCACAGCUCAAUGCAAUCUACCGACUCCUCGACAAAAGACAGGAGGACAGUCUUGUAGCCCGCAUGAAGCAUUAUAUUUUGGAUCUGUUUGGUUCCCUGAUGGACAAUCAAACGUGGGUAGAGGAGGAGAGUGUGUCUAAACAGGAGCUGCGCUCCGCCCUGCUGGGGUCAGCCUGUAGUCUGAAUCAAGAAAGCUGCAUUCAGAAAGCCAAAGCCCUGUUCAAACACUAUGACGAGUCCAAUGGGACCUCACGGAUCCCAGGAGAUCUGCAGCAAGUCGUAUUCAGUGUGGCUGCUCAAUCAAAUGACGAUUGGGAGACUUUGCUCCACAUGUACCAAAUUAACACCUAUGAUGCAGAGAAGCGAAAAAUGCUACGGGGCCUAGCAUCCACUCAGGACGCAAGGCGCAUAGUAUGGAUUCUAAAGGCAGGUCUGAGGGGGGAUAUCAUCCAGACGCAAGAGCUGCCUUUGGUCAUCAGCACUGUUUGUAACGGCUUCACCGGUUACUUGUUUGCCUGGAAUUUCAUACAAGAGAACUGGGACCGCCUGAUAGAGAAGUUCCCUUUAGGCUCCUAUGCCAUCCAGACAAUCAUCAAUGCCGCCACCUCUCAGUUUUCCACACAGGUGCAUCUUGAGCAAGCUCAGGGUUUCUUCUCCAGUCUGAAGGAGCGCGGCUCUCAGAUGAGGAGUGUGCAGGAAGCUUUGGAAACCAUCAGGCUGAACCAGCGCUGGAUGGAGAAAAACCUGCCCGCCCUCCAUCGAGGUCUCUAAUAGAGACCCUCCAUCCAGCCUCCGCCCCACUGACAGGGAACCUGGGGCGUUUCGUCAAGACAACAGCAGUGUUUGCACUAUUGAAGGACUGUGUCUCUUAACUCCUUUUAUUAAGGUCCAGGGUACUAAUCAAAGCCAGAGGUUUUGCUCUACCUGGGUGGACAAGAUGUUAGAUUUUCUGAGAUUGAUUGUGAGUUGUGUUUGCUUGCUCAGGGUGGCUCUGAUUAUCUGUCUGACAAGAAGUUGUCAGAUGCAAACGCACACUCCUCACACUUUUUGCUGUCGACCAAACCUCUCCUCCUACAACUCUCAUCUAAACCUCAUGCCUGAGCAGACAAUCAUGCUUUACCCACACUCCAUGUGUUCAGCCUGCUCUCAGGCUCUUAACUCCAUAAGCUGUGUAAUGGCCAUUUGAAAAAGAGGAGAUACGUGGAAUGUCAACAUUAUUGCGUAAGUACUGUAUGUACUGUUGGUCCAGGACUUUCUCUCAACGUUGGAUAUGUGUUGAUGCAGCUGUCAGGGAUUUAUUAGCGAUAAGAGGUUGAAAUUAUCGGUACUUAAGAGAAGAAUUAUUCUUUGCAUUGAACUGACCUUGUAUUGCCGUGUUACAAAAUUGCUGUCUGCCAAUCUGAACUAGUUACUCGUGCAACCUGAAGCAUUUACUAUAUUAGUCAUGAUUUGGCUAGAAGGUUGGUUGAUUGAUUGUUUCAAAUACCAAACUUGUGUUUGCAUCAAUUGAAUGUACUAAAAAACCUUCCCACUGUGUACAAUAGAUGGCGUACUGCACAACAGUGCAGGUUUAAAUC